AUGGGGAGAGUAUACAAGUACGCUGUGGACGUCGACCUCGUACCAGUUCAACACAAGCUACAGUACCACCCGACUAUAGACGCUAACAACACUCAAGCCAACAUCAUGGUGUACGAGUCAAAGCUCGAAGGCAUCGACCGGAUACGCUUCCAGUUCUGCAUCGUGGAUGAGGCCCAUAUUGUGAAGCGGGUGACCGGUGGUGUGAACAACUUCGUACGCCAGUUCAGCUGGGAUUCCCUCAUCUGCAUCACUGCCCAAGAAGUCCGAACCAACAUCCCACCUGGUGGCUGCUCACUUAACAUACCCUUACAAACCACGAUCCAACGCAAACAUCGAACACAUGAUGAGGUUGACGUCACCGUCUAUAUUCUCUACCUGUUGAGAAUAUUCUGA